GUUUUUUUGCGGAGGGGUGCACUGCUGUGGGGCACUAGACUGAGUGUAGUUUAUGUUCACUUGGCAACAGACUACCUAAUUGCACAUGGCUGAGAUACACUGUCGAAUACACAAAUACGAUCAAAGACACGUGUGUCGUCGUCGCAUAAUAUUCCGUUGCAGAUCAUAUACAAUCCAAAGUGCAAUUGACUGCGCACUGCGAUGUACGGAGACGUGGGAAACAAACUGGUCCAGCACGCGAAACGGACGCAGAAUCUCACCCAUUUACCCCCAUACCAGACCGAGCUAGUACGCGCCGCCACCCGCGAGGUGCGCGAUUUGAACAGAGAUGUAACGAGCCUGCUGGAGCCCUUCGAAGGCGCCUUCGACCCGAACGAGGACAAGGCAACCGCUUGUGCCCUCCUGGUAAACCACCUAUCAAUGCGCCGAAACAAGCGCUGCCUGCUUGCAUACCACCGCACGCGGACCGAUAAGUUGGAGGAGCUUGUCUGGAGCGGUGCCGACGUGAUGGAGCUGUCUGCGCAAGGGCAACAGUUGAGAGAUGGGAGUGGCGGCGGCCCGGGACCUGCCGACGGGCCGACUGGCGGAUUGAGUCCGCAGGAAGAGGACUAUGUGCGACAGUACAGCGAUUUGCUUGCGGCGUACAAGGGCCAGUGGACAGAUGUUGAUCUAACGGGAAGCCUGGAGCCACCGAGGGACCUCUUUAUCGAUGUCAGGGUGCUCAAGGAUGCCGGUGAGAUUCAAACAGAAUAUGGCGCUAUUACUCUCAGCAAGAACAGCCAAUUUUACGUUCGCCAGGGUGAUGUGGAAAGGCUGAUAGCCCAAGGCUACCUCCAAAAACUCAGCUAAGAACCGUCCGAGCCUUGUUGGGAGAACGAGAGCGACAUACAGGCAAAUCAACUUGCUUAAAAGGGCCGUGCCAAGUCCGUGGCUGAAUUGGCAAUUCCAAGGAGAUGCGUAGCCAUGAACAAGAGAUAACAGGAUGCAGGAGCUUCAGCAUCAUCGAGAAUUGAUGCCAGAGGGGAAUGUUCAGCAGAAUUCCCGGUCAUCAGAAUCGGCGACGUAGAUGUUGCAACUCUACGAUAGCUCCUGGUUUGCUUGUUUGCUAGCAUGCACAAAACUUUCAUGUCGACGGCCGCGGAGUCGACGUGUUUUUGCAUGGGUUGAUGUACGGAUACCUUGUAAAACACACACCCUAUGGGAUUUUGCGCCGAAAGGACGUGUAAAAAGAAGGGACAGAUCUCCAAUCUCCGAGGAAUGCAUAUUACCUGAGGCAUGCCAUCCACAUGCUACUGGUUUACCGUGUCCAAGAUAACAGAGAAAUCAGGAAAGGCA